AGGCUUAAUAUCGGACAAUUACGUUAGGUUAUAUUUAAUGGUUGCUGGUAUAGCUUGAAUGAAACUGAACUGUAAAACGGUAUUUUUACAUUUUACUGUAGCAGUUUGUUCUUGAAGAUGACAAAAUUAAACUGUGUUAACCUUGAUAAGUUUAUGGAGGAGUUUGCUCUGCUAGAACAGAAAAUUACAGAAGUUAAUGGCAAAAACAACGUGUUGGAAAUCAUGCUGGAGGACGCCAAUAGACUCAUGAAAUUCUAUCUGACCAAGGAAAAAAAUCUUAUUGAGGAGAGAGACAGCCUUCUUGUCACAGUGAACAGACUGCAGCAGACUUUGCAGGAGCAGUGCAACCUCAGAGUGGAGAAUGAGAGACUAAAGAACGACAAGGCGGACCUGAAACGACAGAAUGAGAGAACAGCAGAGGAUGGAGAGGCUGAGGUUCAGAGGCUUAUCAGUGAAAUGAGAGCAGUAGAAGAGAGACACAAGAGGGAGCUAGAGACUGUAAGGCAGCAGUGCAGGAGAGAGGUGGAGGACGCCCACAAGGAGGCGUUCAAUCAGUUGGAAGCUAAAGAUGCUGAAGUAAAGACGCUGCUGAAGAAAAAGGAUGUAGAUCUGGAAGAGAUGAAGAAGAGGCUGAAGGACCAGGAGAGGGAGCGGCAGAGCGAACUCCUGAAGUUACAGAUGGAGUUUGGUGCAAAGUUAGCCAGAGUUCAGAGUACAGCUCAGUGGAGCCAACAACAGCAGCAGCAGCAGCAACACGGAUCCCAACUUCUUCCACAGAGUGUCUUCAAGAGGAAGUUGAUGUACAUCCAAGAGGAGAAGAACAAGGAGAUUGUGGCUCUGCGUCAGAGAAUCAAAGAGCUGGAAGAGAGCCAGCGUGUCGGGGGAUUCAAUGACAGCCGUUCGAAGAAGAGAAAGAUCUAGUUUGUAAAGGUCAACAGUGCUAACAAGCUGCUGACCUGUCAGCUCUGCAGGUUCAUGAAUCUGCAGGAGACCCAGGGGUCAGAAGUUACCAAAGUGUUUUGAAAUUUCCAGAUUUAAAUUUAAAUUCUGUAACUCAGUUCUUCAAAUGAACCGUUGCCUCAUUUUAUAGGACAUUUGUUCGACUUUACAGCCUCUUGUGUACUGUCAUACACAGAUUUGCAGUUUCACCCCCUUGCUCGCAGGUGACCAGUGUGUGGAGAGUACAAUUAAACACAGGCCGUGUUCCUGUCUAAGGCUUUAA